CCAAAGUCCAUCCAGCAGCAACAGCAUCUCACUUGGGGCUUUCCCUUCACCACGCGGUCGCUUAUUAUAAGCCACGUACUAAGGCCUUGGCCUGCACAGGAGGCUUAUUGCCUUACUAAGCUCUAUUUAGCCAGGGUGCCAUCCCUACCGUCUGGAGUCCAUUACACGUCGCCAACAGAUUAGCUACCUAAUAUAAUCCCACUUCACCAUGGAGUCGUCUCGCGGCCCUCCCAGGGUCAAAAACAAGGCCGCCGCGCCUAUCCAGAUCUCAGCGGAGCAGUUGCUCCGCGAGGCUGUUGACCGGCAGGAACCCUCGUUGCAGGCGCCGACGCAACGAUUUGCUGACCUCGAAGAAUUGCACGAGUACCAGGGUCGCAAGAGAAAGGAGUUCGAGGAUUAUGUUCGCCGGAACAGGAUUAAUAUGAACAACUGGAUGCGCUAUGCAACAUGGGAACUUGAACAGAAGGAAUUCCGCCGGGCGCGUUCGAUCUUCGAGCGAGCCUUGGACGUUAAUCCAACCUCGAUACCGCUGUGGAUCCGAUACAUCGAAGCAGAGAUGAAGAACAGGAACAUCAACCAUGCGAGGAACUUGCUUGACCGUGCUGUGUCGAUUUUGCCCCGUGUCGAUAAGCUGUGGUACAAGUAUGUCUAUAUGGAAGAGACUUUGGGAAAUAUUCCUGGUACACGGCAGGUCUAUGAGCGGUGGAUGUCGUGGGAGCCGGAUGAGGGGGCCUGGAGUGCGUAUAUCAAGCUCGAGAAACGGUAUGGUGAGUUUGAGAGGGCACGCAAUAUCUUCCAGCGAUUCACAAUUGUUCAUCCCGAACCGAGGAACUGGAUCAAGUGGGCUCGAUUCGAGGAGGAGUAUGGGACCAGUGAUUUGGUGAGAGAGGUCUACGGUAUGGGAGUUGAAGCGUUGGGUGAGGACUUCAUGGAUGAGAAGCUCUUCAUCGCCUAUGCCAAGUUCGAGGCGAAGAUGAAGGAAUAUGAACGUGCACGUGCUAUCUAUAAGUAUGCUCUGGACCGUCUUCCUCGUUCCAAGUCCAUGACCUUGCACAAAGCGUAUACAACAUUUGAAAAGCAAUUUGGUGAUCGAGAAGGUGUCGAGGACGUUAUUCUCCAUAAACGCCGAGUCCAAUACGAGGAGCAGCUUAAGGAAAAUCCUCGGAACUACGAUAUCUGGUUCGACUUUACUCGCCUCGAGGAAACCUCCGGUGACCCUGAGAGGGUACGUGAUACCUAUGAACGAGCCAUUGCACAGAUCCCGCCUUCACAGGAGAAACGGCACUGGAGACGUUACAUUUACCUCUGGAUAUUCUACGCCAUCUGGGAGGAAAUAGAAGCAAAAGAUGUUGAACGUGCCCGCCAGAUCUAUAAUGAGUGUUUGAAGCUCAUACCCCACAAAAAGUUUACAUUCGCCAAGAUAUGGCUCAUGAAGGCUCAGUUCGAAAUUCGUCAGAUGGAGCUUCAAACAGCCCGGAAGACAUUGGGUCAGGCAAUUGGCAUGUGCCCCAAGGACAAGAUUUUCAGAGGCUAUAUCGAUCUCGAGCGCCAGCUUUUCGAGUUCGUACGGUGCCGGACACUGUUCGAGAAGCAGAUCGAGUGGAACCCAUCCAACAGUCAGUCCUGGAUUCAGUUCGCAGAGCUGGAACGCGGUCUGGAUGACACUGAGCGUGCGCGAGCCAUCUUUGAACUGGGAAUUGAUCAGCCGACUCUAGAUAUGCCCGAGCUGGUAUGGAAGUCGUACAUCGAUUUUGAAGAAUAUGAAGGCGAGUACGACAGAGUCCGUCAACUCUACGAACGACUCCUGGAAAAGACCGACCAUGUCAAGGUGUGGAUCAACUACGCCCGGUUCGAGAUCAACGUGCCGGAGGAUGAAGAAGAGGGAGAGGAAGAGGAAGAGGAAGAACGACCCAUCAGCGACGAUGCCAAACGGCGGGCUCGCGCGGUCUUCACUCGUGCACACAAAGUAUUCAAAGACAAGGAGCUCAAAGAAGAGCGUGUGGAGCUCCUCAAUGCUUGGCGAUCAUUCGAACAUACACACGGAUCCCCUGAGGACAUUGACGAGAUCGAGAAGCAGAUGCCGCGCCGCGUCAAGAAGCGCCGCAAGUUGGACGACGACCGGUACGAAGAAUACAUGGACUAUGUAUUCCCGGCCGACGAUCAAUCCGCGGCGAACCUGUCAAAGCUGCUGCAAAGAGCACACGCCUGGAAGCAGCAGCAAGCGUAAUACACUAGAUACCCGCCAAAAUGUUAAAAGAGCUGUGUUCUGUGUGGGCUAUUGGUACAUACCAUGGGAUGAUUCGUCAAUGCGUUUUAUAUUGAAAUCGGGUAGGAUUAAUCCAAUUAAGAUAAUGAUCAUGAAUAGCCUUGCAUAUUAUCCACAAUUG